AUGGCAGACCGUCUUGGAUUAGCCUUAGAACCUUCGCCAUGCGCGCCGGGCCACAGCCUGACAGACGGUGCCGGAGACGACCAGGCCGGGGCUGGCACCGAGCAGGAUCCUCAGCAACGUCGUUCUCGGAGGGUUCUUUCACAGAUCGAGCGGAUGCAGGGUAUGGGUUUGCGUUACCACGACAGCCGGAAGCGGAAGGGGGGGAGCAGCAGGUCAGCAAACCCUGAGGGCCAGGAAAACCUUGAGGAGUCAUCAUCGUCAGAUUCGGAGCCAGAUCUGGAGACCAACGGAAAGAUGUGUGGGCUGGCGACCUUGGCCCCAAAGGGCCUGAAGGAGCGCAUCACCACAGAAGCGGCCAGCAACGCCACAGAGUUCUGUGAGCUGGUGGGGUAUCCCAUCUUCAACGAGCUGGUAAAGGAUGAGUGUGGAAAUUUCGUCCGGGACGAAAAGGAUGAGCACCGGGUAGUAGUGACACCAGGCAAGGGUGGACAGCGGUACCAGGCAGAGCUGCAACAGCCCAAGAAGCCCAAAGCAUUCAAGGGCGAGGGAAAGGGGGGAGGGGAAAGGGUGAUGGACGAGGGGGGGGAGGAGGAGGAGGACGGAGAGGCUGAAAAGGAGGAGGAAGGAGAUGAGGAAGGGUUGGAGGAGGGGGAGGGAGAGGAGGAAGGAACGGAGGAGGAAGGGGAGGCCGAGGAGAGGAUCCAGGGGGAGGAGGAGGGGCAAGGGGAGGAGCUGGGUGAGGAGGGGCAGGACAAGGAGGAAGGUCUCUCCCGCCCGGUGUACGAGCGUGCCUCUGAGCUGUACCGGCUGCUGAAGCCAUUGAAACGGUACAUCGUCACGGAGCUCGGAAAGGUAGCGACAGGCACACAGCGGGUGCAGAAGGGCGUGGUGCUUGUCAACCUGCCCGGGGAUGCUGCCAUCCCGGGUCGCAAGUCACCGCGACUGCACUUCUACGUGCAGUCGGGGACGGUGGAAAAUGAAACCCACCCACUGGAGUCCGAGAUGGGCCCCGAGUUCACUGCGAUGUUUGAUUAG